UUAUUUUUGUCGUAAAAUAUUAGUGUUCCUUGCAAAUAUGUUCGAAAGUACGUACAUUCAAGCGUUUAAUCGGAAUAUUUUUUAUUGAGAUUCGAGAUAUGGAUCGCAAUCUUUAUUGAUAGACUGACAAGCGUUAUGGCCGAGUUUAACUUUUUUGUUAUCUGUAAAAAAAUAUAUUUUUGUUUAUGGUACGCCAUGGCGGAGCGAUUAAGUGACGGUGAUUUUACCAAAGAAAAUAUACAAAAAUUCAACAGUGAAAGACGGAGUAGCAAGCAAUGGGUGAAGCUCAACGUUGGGGGAACAUAUUUUUUAACCACUAAAACUACACUAUGUAGGGAUCCUAAUUCAUUUUUGUAUCGAUUAGUUCAAGAGGACAGCGAUUUGAUUUCAGACAGGGACGAGACGGGUGCGUAUUUAAUAGAUAGAGACCCUACUUACUUUUCGCCAGUGCUCAACUAUCUACGACAUGGUAAACUAGUUAUCAACAAUGAUAUCGCCGAGGAGGGGGUUUUGGAGGAAGCGGAGUUUUAUAAUAUUACAGAGUUGAUAAGGUUAGUUAAAGAAAGAAUAUGCAAUAGAGAAAGAAGACCACAGAAAGAUUCAAAGAAACAUGUGUACAGAGUAUUGCAGUUCCAUGAAGAAGAACUCACUCAAAUGGUAUCAACAAUGUCGGACGGUUGGAAGUUUGAACAACUUAUUAAUAUUGGCUCACAGUACAAUUACGGCAAUGAGGAACAUGCAGAGUUUCUUUGUGUGGUCAGUCGAGAGUGUGGCAACUCCCUCAACAGCAAUGAUGUGGAGCCCACAGACCGCGCGAAGGUGCUGCAACAAAAGGGGUCGCGUAUGUGAGCAACCCUUAAGACAUGUCAUUCAGGUGUUAUUUAUAAUUUAAGACUGUCAGCUAUGUGUGGAAUUGUAUAUAAUAAUGUGAACUACUUUCUUUAUAAAAUGUCUUGUUUAGGUUUGUACCCUUUAACACCAAUUAAGUUAAAUUUAAAACUUGUUUCUUAUUGCUUCAGUUGAAUUAUUAGAAACAAAUAUGAGAGGGAUUUUCUCAGUAGAGAGCUAGGAUUCUACAUAUAAAAUGUAUUGUGAAAGACACUUAUUUCCCUAAAUGGGUUAGUCAGAAUGUUAUUUAAAAGAUUAAGUAGUCAAUUGGAUGGCAAUUUGUAUUUAAUAUUGUCUUGAUCUGGGGGUGUAAAGGAAACUAGACGAAUACUCUGUUGAUUAUUGAGAAUCUUAUUGUUUAAAGUUGAGUAAGAUAUAAAAUUGUAUUAGUGUGAUUUGAUUCAUAAGCAAAAUUGUGACAUGUCUUCUUCCUUAUCAGAUCUUUUUUGGGCUUGUAUGAAGUGUAUGAUGUUUUCCAGUAGUUGAAGAUAGUUUGCAAACUGACCUGUGUAUAUAAUGUAUUUUUUUCUAUUAAUCCAAUGACGUUCUGUUUACACAGCGCCAAACUAUACAUGACACCAUGUAACAAGUCCUUUUGUUGAAUGGCAAUCAGUUCCAUGUUUUAUAAUGAGCUCAUAAUUUGCGGUAUAUAAAAAAUUAAGAAG